GCAAACCUUAGCAGUGAGACCGAGCACAUUCACAACAGCGGCGGGAACGCAAGUACUGCAGGGACUGGUAACGCGGCAAGGACUAGCAAGCGAAGCGCAAGCUCGUCGUCAGAGAAUCCUACCACCUCUUCAGGAGCCGCUGUGGCAUCUACUUCAUCCACGACUGUAACGCCUUCC